GGGGACGUCAACGAGGUCAACGGGGACGUCAAUGAGGUCAACGUGGUCAACGGAGUCAACGGGGACGUCAACGGGGUCAACAUGGUCAACGGGGACGUCAACAGAGUCAACGGGGACGUCAACGAGGUCAACGGGGACGUCAACGGGGUUGGGGGCAUCUUCAAGAGCAUCAACGGGGUCAACGUGGUCAACGGGGACGUCAACGGGGGCGUCAACGGCAUUGGGGGCGUCUUCAAGAGUGUCAACGACGUCAACGGGAGCAUCGUCGUUGACGUCGACGGGGUUGGUGGCAUCUUCAAAGGGAUCGUCGUUGACGUCGACGGGGUUGGUGGCAUCUUCGAGGGCGUUGACGGCGUCAAUGGAAGAGUCAACGGGGGCGUCAACGGCGGCGUCAUCGAGGGGGUCAACGGGGGAGUCAACGGGGUCAUCGAUGACGGCGUCGAUGGGGUCAACGGUGGAGUCAAGGUCAACGAUAGGGUCAACGGGGUCAACAAGGUCAACGAUGGGGCCAACAAAGUCAACGAUAGAGUCAACGAAGUCAACGAUAGAGUCAACGAUGGGGUCAACGAGGUCAACGAUGGGGUCGCCGAGGUCAACGGCGGAGUCAAGGUCAACGAUGGGGUCAACGAAGUCAACGAUAGAGUCAAUAAUGGAGGCAACGAGGUCAACGGCGGAGUCAAGGUCAACAAUGGGGUCACCAAAGUCAACGAUAGAGUCAACAAAGUCAACGAUGGGGUCACCAAAGUCAACGAUGGGGUCGACAAGGUCAACGGCGGAGUCAAGGUCAACAAUGGGGCCACCAAAGUCAACGAUAGAGUCAACAAAGUCAACGAUGGGGUCACCAAAGUCAACGAUAGAGUCAACGAAGUCAACGAUAGACUCAAGGAGGUCAACAAUGGAGUCAACGAGGUCAACGAUGGGGUCAAAGUCAACGAUAGAGUCAACGAAGUCAACGAUAGAGUCAACGAAGUCAACGAUAGACUCAAGGAGGUCAACAAUGGAGUCAACGAGGUCAACGAUGGGGUCAAAGUCAACGAUAGAGUCAACGAAGUCAACGAUAGAGUCAACGAAGUCAAUGAUAGAGUCAACGAAGUCAACGAUAGACUCAAGGAGGUCAACGAUAGACUCAAGGAGGUCAACGAUAGAGUCAAGAAGGUCAACGAUGGGGUCAACAAAGUCAACGAUAGAGUCGAGGAGGUCAACGAUGGGGUCAACAAAGUCAACGCUGGGGUCGCCGAGGUCAACGUUGGGGUCGCCGAGGUCUCCGUCGUCGCCGGCGCCCCCUCUGCCCGUCCCCAACACUUGCGGCGAAUGUUGGCAGAGCUUUGGGCAACCCUCGGACCUGGUGAAGCACAUGAGGAUCCACACGGGGGAGAAGCCCUACCCCUGCCCCCACUGCGGCAAACGCUUCAACGUCUCCUCCAACCUCAUCCGCCAUCGCCGCAUCCACACGGGGGAGAGGCCCUACCCCUGCCCCGACUGCGGCAAGAGCUUCACCGACAAGUCCACCUUGGUCCAACACCGUCGCGUCCACACGGGGGAGAAACCCUACCCUUGCGCCCGUUGCGGCAAGGCCUUCAGCAGGAGCUCCCACCACAAGAGGCACCAACGGACCCACGUCGGCCAGGACCCCCGUGCUCUCCUGCCCCUCUGGGCCUACCCCGGGCAGGCCUGCUGAGGGGGUCACGGGGGGGUUUUGGAGGCAUCUAAGGGGGGUU